AUGUCUGUUCCUCACCUUGGAAAGGACGACAAGCAAAACUCAGUCGUCACCAUUGCCGGCGCCGACCAUUCGCCCAAAUCCUCGUCGCCUACUUCCCCAGCGCUCUCCGACACUUCAGAAGACCCUGAGAAGUACAUUGGCUCGCCCUCCGACCAGUCUGUGCCAUACGAGUCCUCAUCUGCUGCCGAUGCCGACCUUAUCAACCGGUUCUACGAGCCCCCUGACACGUACGAGUCCAAGCACCGAUGGGACCCGCUCGCUACCUGGACCGAGGCUGAGGAGAAGAAGCUGUACCGCAAGAUCGACAUUCGCGUGUGUCUCGUCGCGUGUAUCUGCUUCUCGGCGCUCAACCUCGACCGAUACAACAUUGGAAAUGCUGUCUCCGACAACAUGCUCGACGACCUCCACAUGACUCGCGGUGACUACAACAUCGGUCAGACCAUCUUCUACGCCUCAUUCCUGUUCGCCGAGCUGCCGUCGCAGCUUAUCUCGAAGAAGCUCGGCUCCGACGUCUGGAUCCCGAUCCAGAUGAUGUCAUGGUCGCUCGUGUCGAUCAUGCAGUGUUUGAUGGUGAACAAGACUGGCUUCUUCAUCACUCGCUCACUCCUCGGUCUCAUCGAGGGUGGGUUCAUCGCCGACACGAUCCUCUACCUGUCGUACUACUACACGGCCAACCAACUCACCAUCCGCCUCGGCAUUUUCUGGAUUUCGCUCACGGUCACCAACAUUGUCGGAGCCUUCCUCGCCGCGGGCCUGCUCUCUCUUCGCCACGUCACAAACUGGGAAGGUUGGAAGUGGCUCUUUGCUAUCGAGGGUGCGAUCACCUUCCUCAUUGGUGCCUGGGCCUUCUGGUACAUGCCGGCCGGGCCUACGCAGACCAAGCGCCGCUUCCACAAGGGCUGGUUCACCGAGCGCGAGGAGGUCAUCAUUGUCAACAAGGUCCUCCGUGACGAUCCGACCAAGUCGAGCAUGCACAACCGCGAGGGUCUUGGCUUCCGCGACCUUUGGGACUCGUUCUGCGACUUUGACCUUUGGCCCCUUUACAUCCUCGGCAUCGUCAUGUUCAUCCCCACCGGCACGGUUUCUACCUACUUCACGCUCUCGCUUCGUGACCUCGGCUUCAGCACGUUCCACACCAACCUGCUCACGAUUCCGAGCCAGGUCCUCACCAUCAUCAACAUCCUGUGGAUGACUUGGCUCCAGAACCGCAGCCAGCAGCGUCUCCUCACCGCUUCGAUCAAGGGCUGGUGGCUUCUCAUCCUCUUCAUCGCUCUUGUUUGCAUUCCCGACAGCACGAACAAGUGGGCUAGGUGGGCGCUCUUGUCGCUCAUCACGGGCUACCCAUACUGCCACCCCAUCAUCGUGUCUAUGACUUCGAUGAACUCUGGCUCGGUCCGCACUCGCACAGUGGCUUCAUCCGUGUACAACAUGUUCGUUCAGGCUGCGACCCUGAUCGCCUCAAACAUCUACCAGCCCAGCGAUGCCCCCUACUACCACAAGGGCAACCGCGUGCUGCUUGGUCUCGUCGUCGCCUCGCUUGUUCUCUUCGGCUUCGCCAAGUUCUGGUACGUGACCCGCAACCGGUCGCGCGCCAAGAAGUGGGACGCAAUGACUCAGGAGGAGAAAGCGCACUACCUUUCCACCACCACGGAUAAGGGCAACAAGCGCCUCGACUUCCGCUUCAAGCACUGA